AUGUCUUCCCUUGUGGCGGCGCAGACCAGCCCCGAGCGCAGCCCUGCACCGGACGUCUUUCCUCCUGUUCCUUCGAAUCCGCCGUUCCAUCGUCCCGACGCAUCUUUAUCCUCCUUCUCCUCUUCGUCGUCCUCUUCGUGUUCUUCGCGCUCGUGUUCAUCGGUCGACACUGUCGGCCAGGUGUGCAACUGCCAUCCGCCCGUGUCGUCCUUUGUGCGAGACCCGGUCCCUUCGCUUCCUGGUUCGAUUGCUUCACGGGGUUCCUCGGCUGCGUCGUUGCUUCCGGCUGGGUCUCUUUGUGCGUCGCCUGCACGUGAAGGCUCCGCCGAGGCUGCAGGAGGGGAGAGGCGCAGCUGUCGCCAGUGGAUUCUGUGGUUUUUUUCAGCUUGUUUGCGUGUACCUCGCCUUAUCUUUUCGCCAGCUGCGGUCCGGUGGGUCGUCUCUGUCCUCGUUCUCCCUUUUUCCCUUUGCGAAUCUGUGCGGAAGGCUGUUGGGUCCAGGUUCUUUCUCCUCCUGAUUUCCGUCUACUUCAGCGUCAAAGGCUUGGUGUACUCACUGAGCACGGCCGCCAUGCUGCCCUAUUUCAAGGGUUUAGGGUGGAACGCGGCGACGUAUCAGCAGGCGACGGCUGUUGUCUUCGUUCCCUGGGGCAUGAAAGGCCUCAUUGGGACUCUGGCAGACGCGUUGCCCCUCUUUGGAUACCGGAAAAAGUACUACAUGCUCACUUCUUCGGUCUUGGGAGUCGGCGGCGUCUUUGGGCUCUGCAUCCUUCCGGACGAUCUCGCAGCCAACCGCCUCUGGCUGGUCUGUUUGCUUCUCCUCCUCAUCCAGCUGCAAGUCGCCACUCUCGACCUCAUGUGCGAAGGGAAGUACUCGGAACUGAUGGUGGAGCUCCCGGAAAUCGGACCCGCCAUCGUGACUUUCGUGAAUGCGUUGAUCUCCAUCGGACAGGCGACCGGCAAGAUGGUUGUGGGCCCCGUCAGCGACAGACUCGGGACGCGCCCGCUUUUCUGGUUGGCCUUGCCGCUCGCUUCGUCGGUCGUUAUCCCCAUCUGCCUCAACUAUCUUCCUGAGAAGAAGUUGGACAGCGCAGAUCUCCAGGUGCUCAGGCGCCACCUCUGGGCGCAGAAGCACGUUUUCGUCAUGGGCCUCGCGUUGGCGACGGCGUCGCUAGGCGUCGCAGUGAUCUCCCUGUUUGACAGCCAGCAGAUUCUCAUCGUCUACAGUCUUUGCGCCGGUGUCCUCUUGUCGCUGAUCUGUUGCAUGGCGCUGCCACGGCCGAUCGCCUUCUGCAACAUGUACUUCUUCCUGGACCAGCUGCUCCACUUAAAUGUAUCGGGCGCCCUCGACUUCUUCUACACAGCGACACCUGCCUGCCUUCCGGAUGGCCCACAUUUCGACUACACGUACUACAACACGUACACGUGUAUCGCUGGAGGUGCCGGCGGUGUGGUUGUCUUGGUGCUCUUCCUGAAGGUUCUGCCUCGGUACUCCUUCCGCCACAUUCUCACAGCCGCCUGUCUAGUGCGGCUCGCCGCCUCGCUCGUGGACUACAUGCUCGUGUCGCGCCUCACGACGCAGCUGAAUCUUUCCGACCGGGCAGUCUACUUGGUUGGAGAUGCGGUGAUUUUAGUCGGGGCUGGCGCGCUGUCCUACAUGGUGGGGGUGAUGCUGAUUUCCAAACUUUGUCCGAAGCACGUCGAGGCGACAGUGUACGCGAUCCUCGCAGGCAUGGGCAACAUGGGCUCCACAAUCUCGACUUUACUCGGCGUCGCGGCAAUCAAAGAGUUCCACAUCAACACGACGACUGAUGAAGCGAGGCCGUGCGAUUUCUCGCGCAUGCCCCAACUAAUCUCCAUCUCAAACUUCAUUCUGCCUUCCCUCUGCGUUCCAGUCUGCAUGACGCUCCUGCCCAACACAGCGAUGAACGCGCCGCUCCCGGUCGUGGCCGGACUGGAAGACGCGCCCGAGUUCUCCCGCCCUUUGUUCGCUCAUGACGAAAUGCAGCAUGGAGACGCAGGAGGCAGAGGCGAGGAAGAGGGUGAGAACGAGACAAGGCGCACACGCACUGUGGGGAAUCGCCAAAGAUUGGGAGGCAGCAGCGCAUGCGACAAGGGAGAAAGUGAGGACGCAGACGACAGAGAAUCAAACGGAGAAGAAGGCUGGCGGAGACGACGAACCCGACGACACAGAAGAAAAGAGACGGAAGAAGGGAGGCGCGGGUGUCUUGACGCGACCAACACAGGUGCCGGGGGGGUGCCUAGGGAAGGUUGGGCGGGAAACGAGGAGAGAAGACCACGGAGAAGUCGGGAGAAACGAAUAACCUUGGAUGCCGCCGGACAGGCUGAAUACGACGAGAAGCACAGAGCCUUUGUUCCAGUUGCGGCCAAGUUAGCGGGGACCGAGUUGGUUGCGGUGCGGUGUGAAGGAAGAAACAAGUGGAAAAGAGUGAGCAGUGGAGAAGCCGAAGGCGAAGAGGGAUAG